CCACGUACAUGAACGCAUGUUAUGCUGCUUAGCAAUGUCUUAUAUAUGCUUUUAUUCCUUCCUUUGGAAUAAACACUAACCACCUUUUUGUGGAAUUCCUUUUCGUCUGUGUGUAUUGUUGCACUAAUCCAUGCUCUUCUGCACCGGGAUUGUGCAUGUCUGAAAGGUUUGUCCCAGUAAGGCAUCCAUAGAGGGAACAUGUGACCAGCUAACCAGGAAGCCAGCCUGUCUGUGCAGAGGAGUGCAGCAGGGAGAGAGAGUAGGUGAAGUUGCUGGAUCAGCUUAGCCUAAAAGGAAAUGUAUCAAUAUUCUGCAUACCCAGUAGAAUAAAAGAAAACUAAACAUAUCCAAGAUGCACUCCUGCUGUAGUGAAUGACACAGAGAGCUGAAAUGAAGCCACAGUUGAACCCCCUGCCAGCCGGGCAGUUUAGAAGAACGUCAUCAAGAAAGAAAGCCGCCAACAAUAUCUGUUCCCUUUUGUGCAAGAGACCAAUAGGCUCCUUCCCACACAGUGCUGGGGACAUUCAUAGGACUAAUUUGGACAUUAUAAGGAAGCUUGUGUGUCAGAAAAACACUGUGUUUCGCAGGGUCUGGACAAAACACUCCAAACUGGCUAUUAACUAUGCUAAAGGAAGAAUUUAUUUUGAUAAUUUCCGUUGCUGCUUUAACAGUGCCACACCAGUGCCACAACAGAUGUAUGAAAUGCCCAGGUGUUCAAAGUUAGAAAAAAUUGAGGAUGCACUGUUGUGUGAAUGCCCAUUGGGAGAGUCACUUCCACAUCCUUCUGAUUACACCCCGUCAUUAUUGGCUGUCACUGGUCAAAACUGGUUGCUGCGUAUCUCAGCAGAUACUGGAGAAAUACUUGAAAAGAUCUACCUUGGUUCAUAUAGAAAAUUCAGGUAUAUUAACUGGGAUGUUCCUCAAGAGACUUUAGUUCUUAAAUCGAUUCAGACUAAAUCUGCCACAGUGAGCCAAGAGGAUGAAGGCAACACCCGGGCAGUGCUUUUUUACCUUGCUGUGUUCAGUGUUUUCCCUCUCUCACUUGUGGGAAUACUGGAGAUAACUAAACAUAUUUUUGGAUCAACGGUAACAGAUGCAAUGAUUUCCCAUGGCAUGCUCAUUGUAAUGCACAGUGUUGGUCUGGUGCGCCUUUACAGCUUUGAGCGAAUCACAGAACAGUUUAUGAAGCAGAAACAUGUCGUAGGACAAGUGUGUAGUUGGAAAGGUGAAACCGGGACAAUUGGAGACUUUCCAUUUGGGAUACCCUGCAACAUUAAACCUACAGAAAGCCUGCCUUUUCUGUUUGAAGUAUCCUGCCUAGAGAAUGCAUUUCAAGUGGGAGGACAUCCCUGGCAUUAUAUAAUCACACCCAACAAGAAAAAAGAGAAAGGCACGUAUCAUAUCCGAUCUCUGGAUGAUCACAGCCUGGCUAAAAACGGAAUAAGAGAUAUGAGUUGUUGCUCUUUGGAGCCCGACUGGAUUCAUUUCCACCCAGAUGCCUCUGAACGAAUAAUACACGUGGGACCUGAUCAGAUCAGAGUUCUAAGGCUAAAGGAACUACAGAACGAUUCCUAUCGACACCAGGUCUGCGAGGAUUUUGCCAUUUUGGCCACUAGGGAUAAAGAGGUAAAUAAACCUGUUACUGUAACAGCAUCCGGGCGGCUGGUGAAGAAGCGUUUUGCACAGCUAGAUGAUGAUCCUGAGCAAGAGACGUUUAAGAUUGUGGUUUAUGAAGAUGAGUUGGACCUGCUGACUGUGGUGGCUGUGACUCAGACAGAAGCAGAAGGGAAAGCUCAUGUCGCCCUUCACUGUAAUGACACUGGGAAACUUCUGAAGAAUAUUGUGCUGCUGGAGUCCUGGGAUGUGACUCACAGCCACGCCGUAUUUUUUGACAGAGACACUCUGAUUCAUAUAGAGGAAAGGCCCAACCGUAACUUCUCAUGUUAUGUCUAUAAAAUGCUUUGCAAUAUAGAAGACUGACAGACGUCAAGGGAUGUAGUGCGGUACCAGAAACAACUGCUCAGUGAUGGAUCACAAGUUGGACACUGCCAUUAGAUGCCUGAAGUUGCUGCCUUUCGGAUGAACCUAUCAGCACCAUUACAGCUGGAGUUACAAAGAAAUGAUCUCCCAAAAGCUUGGCCUACCAAUGACUUGCCACUCCUCGUGUUGGAUCUGUGAUGGGAGAACACUACAUUUCCAUUUCUAGGACUGAUUUUUGACUUUCCCUGUAAAUAGCCAGGACAGAUGAAGGACAAGUUUAUUUUUUACUUUUGUAUAUCUGAAUUCUUACAUGUACCACCUGGUUCGCUUCAGUAGAGUUGACCUGAAUAGACUUCAGUACCAUUUUUUAGGCCGCUGAGUUUGUUGUUAUAUUGAAGCCUUAUAGAGUGGAGGUUCCAAAGCUUUUGUACUUGUGGGCAGCUGUGAUAUGUAGAAAGUCUUAGGGAACCACACCAGCAUGAAUAAAGUUUGCAAAUAAGGACUUUGAUUGGCUGUUAGCCUCUUGUGGACUGUCAGCCUGUUGCAGUUUCUGUUUAGUAACAAACCUGUUAUAUUUGUGCCUUCAACACUUGCCCCCAAGCCAGGAAUUUAAACAUGACCACCUGCUUUUAGGCUACUGGGAGUAAUAUCUUAGGGUGUGAAGAGCGGGAUGUUGGUAAGGAGCCACUGGCUGCGGACGACUGUUGUAGAGUAUGCAUCUGGCUAGAUAAGCAACAUGGCAUUUCCAGCUGCUCAGAGAAGUAAUCUUGUGUGCCAUAGGUCCGGCAUGAGUACUUGAAUCUCUUGAAAAGAUUGUGUCAUUAAAGGUAAAUAGCACCCAUUAUUUGACGUGUUUGGCCUUUUGAAGAAGGAAAGGUUGAAAUCACUGGGGGGAAGAUUAAACUUAGGCACCCCCCAGCAAUUGUAUUUACAUACCUGAUACCAUGGGCUGGGGCUCCUGUUAGCAGAAAACUGCCCUUGCCUGGGGUUCUUCUCAGGGAGCACCACAAAGUGAUACUUGUCCAGCGUCUUCUUUCUUUGCGCAGAUGAUUAUGUGCUGUGUUGAAAAGCUGAACUUUAACAAAAAAGCUGUAUUUUUCAUUUUACUGCACAUGCGUCAGCCCCAGGGUAGCAAAAGAAAGACAAAUGGGAAAAAGAGGAUCGCUCUGUGGUGCUUGCUGAGAAGAACCCUGGCCCAGAAGUACUGGCCUGGGGUAUCCGGUAAGUAAAUACAGCCACGGGGGUGCCUAACUUUUGGUAUCUUCCAGUGAUUUCAUCUUUCCUUUUUCUUCAAAGGGCAUCUAUUACCCCAAACUUGUUUCUCCCAAUGAAGCUGUGGCACAACCAUUAUUCCAGAAGGGAGUAGCGGUGUUUGCUACCAGGCAGAUUUUGUUGCUAUCUGCUCUAUAUUGGGCCACACCCAUCUCUCUCAAGUAGCCCAGCUCUGAGGCACUAAUAAUAUGUGUAUAUACACAUCUUAUGAGUGUUCCAGAGCCGGGGUGCCUGUCCAGUUAUGUGCGUGCCUCAGUAUAGCUGCAUGCAUGGGGGCACUGUGCCAGCAUUGUUUUCCAGUCCAAAGUUCAGGUUGUGCCAGAAUGCUGCCCCAGUGUGGAAAACAUUUUUAGGCUGAUAGGUGUCCUUUAAGCUCUCUAACCACAGACUUCUUUUCUGUUUACACAAACCUUCAUCAUGUCAUUGUAAAAUUGCACUUUUUUAUAUGUAUUCUUGUGUCAGGCCCAUGAGCCGUGUAAACAAAGUAUUUAUAAAUAAUGCUUUAUAGAAAUGA